AUGAGCGCAAUCCGCUCCUCGUCAUCAGCCCUCCUCCUCCUCGGAGGCGUCGCAACCCUACCCGGCGCCGCUACAGUCCGAAGCCAGUUUCCGCAGCGGAGCAGCACCACACUCUCCACUACCACAGCAGAGCAGGCCGAGUUGGGGUACAUGCAGCAACCACUCGGCCCCGCCAGCAGCCGAACCACGACCCACACUGCCGGGAACGCGAAGCGUAGCGGCGGCGGUGCUUCGGGUCUUGGAUGGCAAGCUACACAAGCGUUAUGA